AUGGAGGCUUUUUCAGCCAUGUUACAUCAAAGAGUUGCCUCUGGCUCUUUUACUCUCCAUCCCAAGUGUGCAGCCAUUAAUCUUUCUCACUUGAUUUUUGCGGAUGACAUGUUCAUUUUGUGUCGAGCCAAUGAUCACACUUUUCAGUCCAUUCAUCGGCACUUGCAAGAGUUCUUUUCUCUUUCAGGGCUGCAACCUAAUCUAAACAAGAGUGCUUGCUUUUUUGCUGGUAUUGAGGAUAAUCAGAAAAGUGCUCUUAAGGCAGUGCUGAAUAUUCCUGAGGCAUCUUUUCCUGUGACAUAUUUGGGGGUUCCCCUGAUAUCUACCAAGUUGAGAUAUGCUGAUUGCUUAUUUCUGAAGGAGCAAAUUUUACGGAGAAUCCAGUCCUGGCCAAAUAAACUUCUGUCCUUUGGAGGACGAAUGCAGUUGAUAACUUCUGUCCUCUUUAGCAUUUUGAAGGAAAUUGAGAGUGUUCUUAAUGCUUUCUUGUGGAGAGGAGUGGAGAUGAAGUCCCAGGGGGUCAAAGUAGCUUGGGCUUCAGUUUGUCUUCCUAAAUCAGAAGGUGGAUUAGGAUUUAAGAGACUAAAGGAAUGGAAUGUCUCCUCAAUGCUUAGACAUCUGUGGGCUGUUUGCAAGAAAGAAGACAUUUUAUGGGUUAAGUGGAUUCCCUCCUAUGUGAUAAAGGAGCAAUGCCUUUGGUCUAUGAAAUUGCCCUCAGACGCUUCAUGGACUAAGUUCGGUGAUAGAGUGAGCUUCAAUUUGGGUAGAUCUCUCAAUGCCAAAGUGAGUUCUAUUAUUUACCAGGGAGGAUGGAGAUGGCCAAGGCUUAGAAAUGUAGCCAUCCGUGAGAUUAUUGCAAACAUUGAAGGUGGGCUCUUACCUGAUAUUUCCAAAGGGGAUGAGGUUGUUUGGACUUUGACUCCAAAUGGUUGUUAUUCAGCAAAAUCUGCCUGGAUGGCCCUUCGAAAUAGAGCUCCUAGCCUCCUAUUGUGGAUUGGGCUCAUAUGGUAUGGCAUAAAAAGUAUGUUCUUCGCUGGUCUUUCAUUUUGUGGGUGGCCCUUCUGGGUAGGCUAUCCACUAAAGAAAGAUUGUUGGAGUGGGGGUAUCAGGUCCAAGUGUUGUAGGCAUGGGGAUAGCUUGAGUCUAUUGGCUGAAGUCCAGUGGGGAUCCCAACAUUGUUCCAAGUCAGUUUCAACUAUUAUUUACCAGUGGUGUUUAGCAACCUUAGUGUACUUCCUUUGGCGGGAGAUAAAUUCUCGAAUAUUCAGACAAGUUGGAGUAGAUUCCUACACCGUAGUUAAGAGAAUUGAGGAAGAGAUUAGAGCCUGCUUGGUAUCUAUGAAGCUUUCCAUACAUUCUGAUUUUGAUGUUGCUGUUUGUCAGGCUUGGGGGAUCCAAUUCGGAGUAGACAAUUAG